AUGCUGCAAGAUAGCCGCUCCAGGAUCGAGCUGAUCCGACUGCAGAUUAUCAAAGUCACCCAGGCAGGCAUCAGUGGCGACGGUGUUGGGAUCCACAACAGCUCCACUCAUGGAGAGAUCUCUCCGGUCAAUAUCAGUCCUGUGGAUGGUCGUUUAGCAGAGCUGCAACAUUACAUGCAGAGAGAAACCGAUGCGUUGGUGCUGGCUAAAGACGUGGUGAAAGAGAUGGAGGCCAUCCCAACACUGGACCAGGGGGCCCUGGCUGAGGCUCAGUCUCGAGUGAAGGAGACUUCCCAGAAGUUGGACCUUCUGCAGCUGUCUUUGGAGAAACACCUGAAAGAAAAGCAGCAUGAAGCUCUACAGCAACCUGAGGAGGGAACUGACCAUACGGGAGGACUUCAGUCAAGCCUAAAUACCACCCAUGGGUCUUCCCUCUCCACCUCACCAUCCAUCUUCUCCAUCAGACCUGCUGCUUUGACUGGUAUGAACACAGAACACAGUUCUCGAGAGCUGGAGGUGUGCAUCUUCUGGAGGGACCGGAGGGACAUGUGUGCAGUGAAGUUCCUGCGGCUGGAGGAGGUGAUGGACAACUCAGAUGACAGCCUGGGGGUCAGUCUGGAGCCACAGGGCCUCCUCUACACAAAGCUUCAAUUCAUCAACACUGUGGUUGAGCGGCAGCCAAAACUGAGAAGACAGAGGUGCAUCUUCACUAAAGAGAGAGGGAAGAACUUUCUCCGAGCCGCCCAGAUGAACAUGAACUUCGCUACUUGGGGUCACCUGAUGAUGAGCAUCCUCCCCCGCUACAGCUCCUUCCCCACCUUCAGUUCACAUCUGUCCAUGACCUCUGACCUGGUAGCUAACAGCACCUCACAUUCGGCUGAAAAGGAGGCUAAAAACACCACAUCACUGCCAAGCCUUAUGAGCGAGAAGAGGAUCUUUGAGAUGAUCAACGCCUCCAGACAUCCAUUCCUGGUCAACCUCCACAGCUGCUUCCAGACCUGCGACCACGUGUGCUUCGUCAUGGAGUACCUACCGGGUGGAGACCUCAUGAUCCACAUCCACACCGACGUUUUCUCUGAAGCUCAGACAAGAGACCUGAAACUUGACAACCUGUUGAUGGAUGUAGAUGGAUAUGUGAAAAUCACCGACUUUGGGCUUUGUAAAGAAGGAAUGGGUCAUGGAGAUCGGACCUCAACUUUUUGCGGAACUCCCGAGUUUCUCGCCCCCGAGGUCUUGACGGACGACAACUACACCCGAGCGGUGGACUGGUGGGGGAUGGGCGUCCUCCUCUAUGAGAUGCUUGUUGGAGAGUCUCCAUUCCCCGGUGAAGAUGAAGAGGAGGUGUUUGACAGCAUUGUCAACGAUGACGUACAGUAUCCGACAUCUCUUCCUGCCGACGCCGUCACCAUCAUACAGAAAAUCAUCGACUGGGAAACCCUGCUGGCCAAGAAAGCCAAACCGCCCUUCUUGCCGUCAAUCAAAGCCCCCACCGACGUCAGCAACUUCGACAGUGACUUCACCCGACUCCAGCCCGUCCUGUCGCCCCCCUGCAAGCCCCUCAGCCUCUCCGCAGAGCAGCAGCAAGCGUUCGCAGACUUCGACUUCUGCGCUUUGCACGGGUGA